AUGCGGAUACCUCUACUGUUGCUUCUUGCCGCCGCCGGCUCCAGCAGCAGCCCACGGACCGGCAAGAAGCUGCUGCCGAACCGCUUCUCCGAGCCGAUAUUCCCUCCGAACUCCACCGAGGAGCAGGACAGGCCGACGACCAAGUUCUCCGAGCCCGUCUUCGUCGAGAGCCUCGUCGACAACCUCGUCGAGAACCUCGUCGAAGAAGGGGAGGUACCGGCGCUGGAGCCGGCCUCCGAUGAUAUCCUCGACAGCGAGCUCCUGGACCCGGUGGAACCCGCUGGCGGAACUCCAGUCGACCUGAGCCAGCUCCGGCCGGCCGGACAGAGCUCCGGAGGACGGCCACUGAACAUCGACCUCAGCAGUCUGCUGACCCUUCUCGGCCUGGGCAGCGGCACUGGACAGGGGGCUAGACCCGGAGGGGUAACACCACCAGGAGGUUCUGGAGGAUCUCCGACGAGCGCAGGAGGUGGAGCAGCUGGAGUGGGCAGCGGUGUCGGGCUGCUGACCUCUGGAGGGAACGCUGGAGGACCAGCGGCUGGAGGGGGCGGAGGCAGGCCGUGCGAGUCAGCCCCAAUGACUCGGUUCCUUCUUCUGCUGUUCGCCUCCUCGGCGUUGGCCCGGCCGGAGAGUCGUAUCCUCUCCAGCUUCGGCCCAGGAGCCAACGCCUACCGGCCGAGCGCAGCGUUCGGGGCCCGGGAGCCGGCCGCGGCUCCGUCCGACAGCGCCGCCUCGGCAGCCGCUGCAGAGGUCGCCGGAGAGGGUGUCAGCGCCCUGGGUCAGGUCAGCGAGCUCGCCGCCAGCGCUCCGAUCGAGUCCGGCUACGAGCCCGGAGGCGAAGAGGGUGUUGGAGCAGAUGUUGGACUGGCUGCCGAGUCAGGUGUCGCUGCGGAAGCCGGUGUUGCGAACUCGCCGUCCGCGGGGCAGGAAGAUGGACAGUUUGCGCAGGGACUAGGCCAGGGAGUCCACCCUGGUUUCGGGGCAGGUCAAGGAGCCCACCCCGGGUUCGGGUCGGGUCAGGGCUUCCAGGGUGGGUUCGGAUCGGGCCAAGGUCCACACUCCGGGUUCGGUGCUGGGCUGGACCCCUCAGAGGGCGCCUUGGGAGUGGUGGCGGGGGUACAGCUGGGUACGUCGGGCCCGUACCAGCAGUACAACCAGUACCAGCCGUACCAGGCGUACAACCCGUACAACGGGUUCCUGCGGAGUGCCGAUAGCGACAUCGAGGCCGAAACUGCCGACAAAACGGAGGAGGAUGCCGCAGAGAAGGAAACGUGA